GUUGUAUUUCAAGUGAUACUAUGAAUAAGAUGGCAAACACAGCACCAAUUGGGCCACAUUCCCAGGCUGGAUGUUUGAUGAUGGAACCGAAAACUUGAAAAAAAUGAUGAUCUAUGUUGUGGUAACCCUGGGUUCACUAACACUGUUGGGAAGAUGGCAAGCCUUUGCAGUACCCAUUAGUAAUGAAAAUAAAUCAGAGCUGUAUAAUCUGACAUUUGAUGACACACCCAAGAUGACUGUCAUCCCAGAGCCCGAGGUGCAAAAAACACUCUCUCGCAGAGAGCAAGAAUCUUUGGGAAGAGUCGUAUACUAUACAAAGACUAUGAAAGAGCCACUUGGGCCACAAAGCCUCAGCGAAGAAAAACAAGGCUCAUUGGUACAAGUUAAUACAUCAAAACUGCUGCUAAUUAAUUCAACAACCAUUACAACUCAAUAUUCUGUGAUACAACAGGAUCAACGUAGCACUCAAACCACCAUUUACGAAGAGCAAUUUCGGUUACAGGAUGCCAAAGAUCAUGAACAAUCAUCUUACACUGAAGUUGAUUCAUCUAUGAGCCAGCAUGUAAAAGGCAAAUAUAAUGAAAUGCAAUCUAAUAUAAAUGCAACCAACCAAAGCAAAAAAAAUAAAUAUGUCACGGCACAUGUGUACAGCAUAUAUGAUCUUUUGUCUGGUAAUCAUGACAUCAUAGAAAAAAAGGAAUCCAGCUUUUUAGGUGGCACUGAGAAUAAUAGUAAAACCAUGGGAAAGUUCCAAGUAAAUGAGAAUGCAAUUAAGACCCCAGCCAAGGAAGAACAAUUAUCAGCCAAUACUAGUGACUUAGUAGUAUAUACCUCCAAAGCUAAGAAAACUCAUGCACUUGGUAAUGAUUACAAAAAAAUAACUGUACUUUACAAUCUGUAUUCACUUGUGGCAUACGUUUCAAAUCAAGAACAUGAGCAAAUAAAUCUGAAAACAAAAAUGAAUCAACAUAAUGAUAGUAUUAUAGAAAAUAAAAAUUUCAAUAAAAUGAAUGCUCUUCACGUGUUGUAUUCUUUAGUGUCGUAUGUAGCCAGUCUAAAAUAUGAACAAACUGAAGAACCCACAAAUGUUAAUGCAGAUAAGAAUCAUACCAGCAGUGGAGGAAGAAAGGUGCACGAUAUAGGCUUACUUGAGGAGCAUAAAGAGGGUAAACGGCUAAAGAAACGGCAGAAUGGUCACGAUGAUAAUUCAGCUUCCUUCGUCGCUUACAUCAGCUCUGACCAGUUUAACAACAAUGAUCCUAAUCUAGACAAAUUAGAAGGUUCUUUAGUCAAGACCGAAGAGCCUAGCCUAAUACGAGAAGUAAAAGGAUAUUUAAAAAGUUACGGUUGGAGAGGUUACUUAAUCAUCUCUGUCACAAUUGUAAUUGGGUUGAUAGCAAUAUUAUUCCUUGUGGGUUUUAUAGCCAAAAUGUGUCGCUGGCACAAAAAUCAUAAGCAACUAACAAAGCUUCAGCAUUUAAUCCACCCAGCAUCUAUUUAGUUUGUUGAAGCAAGCAUUUGUAAUUGUUUUAAUAAAGUAAAUAUUGAUUUAUUAAAAAACUAAAAAAAUUAAGUUUAAUAAAUAAACAUAAAGUAUGGAGGGGGCAUGCAGGGGUAAAAUUAUAGAUACCGAGGUUGUAUCAUAGAAUAAUGGACAAUUUCUUUGAAAACAUAAUGGUAAAGCUCGUUGCAAACUGUAUAUAUCGUUGAAGAAAUUUUAACUAGUAUAUGUUUAAUGUAGCAGGUAGAUUAUUGUGCUAUAUUUUAACAAACAUAUAUUCUUUAAAUCUUCACUUCCAAUAAUUCAAUGAACAGUUUUGACAAUGUAGCAAAAGACCAACUUGACAUUCAGCUUUAAUUUGUAAGUUAUGUACACAUUACUAGUAAUUUUGUUUCGCAUCUUGGUGUUUCUUGACAUCAACAACCUGGCCACUAUAGUGGUGUACAUUUUACUAUGUAUAAGGCAUUUUUUGUUAAGUUUCACUUCUUCAGAUGUCCUAUUAUGAUGGUUUAUUAUUGUAAUGUGACAAGUACUGUGGUUAAUGAUGAU